AUGAGCACAGACGCAGAAAUGGAGCAGUAUGGCCCUGCGGCCAUCUACCUCCGCAAACCAGAGAAGGAGAGGAUUGAGGCCCAGAACACGCCGUUCGACGCCAAAACCGCCUACUUUGUGGCCUGUCCCGACGAGAUGUACGUCAAGGGCAAACUCGUCAGCAAAGACGGCGGGAAAGCCACCGUGGAGACGCUGGAAGGUGGAAAGUCUAUCACUGUGAAAGACACCGACAUCCACCAGAUGAACCCUCCCAAGUUCGACAAGAUCGAGGACAUGGCCAUGAUGACGCACCUCAACGAGCCCGCCGUCCUCUACAACCUCAAAGAGAGAUUUGCAUCCUGGAUGAUCUACACGUACUCCGGGCUCUUCUGCGUGGUGGUGAACCCCUACAAGUGGCUCCCCGUGUACGACACUGUGGUGGUGCAGGCCUACAGAGGCAAGAAGAGGAUCGAGGCGCCGCCGCACAUCUUCUCCAUCUCUGACAACGCCUAUCAGUUCAUGCUCACAGAUCGUGAGAACCAGUCAGUCCUCAUCACCGGAGAAUCCGGUGCAGGAAAGACUGUCAACACCAAACGUGUCAUCCAGUACUUUGCAACAAUUGCAGUAGCUGGAGGAAAGAAGGCUGAAGCUCAGUCUGCUGGCAAAAUACAGGGCUCACUGGAGGAUCAGAUCAUCGCCGCCAACCCUCUGCUGGAGGCCUACGGCAACGCCAAGACCGUGAGGAAUGACAACUCCUCCCGCUUCGGUAAAUUCAUCAGAAUCCACUUUGGAUCGUCCGGCAAGCUGGCCUCAGCCGAUAUUGAAACAUAUCUGCUGGAGAAGUCCAGAGUCACCUUCCAGCUGUCUGCCGAGAGGAGCUACCACAUCUUCUACCAGCUGAUGACCGGCCACAAGCCCGAGCUUCUUGAGGCUCUUCUGAUCUCCACCAACCCCUACGACUACCACAUGAUCAGUCAGGGUGAAAUCACCGUCAAGAGCAUCAAUGAUGUGGAGGAGUUCAUUGCAACAGAUACGGCUAUCGACAUCCUGGGCUUCACCGCUGAGGAGAAGCUGGGCAUCUACAAGCUGACCGGCGCUGUGAUGCAUCAUGGGAACAUGCAUUUCAAGCAGAAGCAGCGUGAGGAGCAGGCUGAGCCCGACGGAACUGAGGAGGCUGAUAAAAUCGCCUACCUGAUGGGUCUGAACUCAGCCGACAUGCUGAAGGCUCUGUGCUACCCCAGAGUCAAGGUCGGAAAUGAGUUUGUCACCAAAGGUCAAACCGUGCCACAGGUUAACAACGCUGUGAUGGCUCUGUGCAAAUCUUGCUAUGAGAAGAUGUUCUUGUGGAUGGUCAUCCGCAUCAACGAGAUGUUGGACACCAAGCAGCCGAGACAGUUCUUCAUUGGUGUGUUGGACAUCGCUGGGUUUGAGAUCUUUGAUUUCAACAGCUUGGAGCAACUGUGCAUCAACUUCACUAAUGAGAAACUGCAGCAGUUCUUCAACCACCACAUGUUUGUCCUGGAACAAGAGGAAUACAAGAAGGAGGGCAUCGAAUGGGAGUUUAUUGACUUCGGUAUGGACUUGGCUGCCUGCAUUGAGCUUAUUGAGAAGCCAAUGGGCAUCUUCUCCAUCCUCGAAGAGGAGUGCAUGUUCCCCAAGGCCUCAGACACGACCUUCAAGAACAAGCUGCACGAUCAGCAUCUGGGCAAGACCAAGGCCUUUGAGAAGCCCAAGCCUGGCAAGGGCAAAGCCGAGGCUCACUUCUCCCUGGUUCACUAUGCCGGCACAGUGGACUACAACAUCACCGGCUGGCUGGACAAGAACAAGGACCCCCUGAACGAUUCUGUCGUUCAGCUCUACCAGAAGUCUUCAAACAAACUGCUAGCUUUCCUGUAUGCAUCCCAUGCUUCAGCUGAGGGUGAGAAGCUAAUCUGUGGUGGUGGCAAGAAGGGCGGCAAGAAGAAGGGUGGUUCCUUCCAGACUGUGUCUGCUCUUUUCAGGGAGAACUUGGGCAAAUUGAUGACCAACCUGAGGAGCACCCAUCCUCACUUUGUGCGCUGCCUGAUUCCAAAUGAAUCAAAGACACCAGGUCUUAUGGAGAACUUCCUGGUCAUCCACCAGCUGAGGUGUAAUGGUGUGCUGGAGGGCAUCCGAAUCUGCAGGAAGGGCUUCCCCAGCAGAAUCCUCUAUGGUGACUUCAAGCAGAGAUACAAAGUGUUGAAUGCUAGCGUCAUCCCUGAGGGACAGUUCAUCGACAACAAGAAAGCUUCAGAGAAGCUCCUGGGCUCCAUUGAUGUGGACCACACUCAGUACAAGUUUGGACACACCAAGGUGUUCUUCAAAGCCGGUCUGCUGGGUACCCUGGAGGAGAUGAGAGACGAGAAGCUGGCGGAGCUGGUGACCAUGACUCAGGCUCUCUGCAGAGCUUACCUCAUGAGGAGAGAGUUCGUCAAGAUGAUGGAGAGGAGAGAAUCUAUCUUCACCAUCCAGUACAACAUCCGUUCAUUCAUGAAUGUGAAAAACUGGCCGUGGAUGAAUCUGUACUUCAAAAUCAAGCCUCUCCUGAAGAGCGCCGAGACUGAGAAGGAGCUGGCUAAUCUGAAGGAGAACUAUGAGAAGAUGAAGACGGACCUGGCCUCUGCGCUGGCCAAGAAGAAGGAGUUAGAAGAGAAGAUGGUUUCCCUGCUGCAAGAGAAGAAUGACCUGCAACUGCAAGUAGCCGCUGAAACUGAGAACCUCUCUGAUGCAGAGGAAAGGUGUGAAGGGCUCAUUAAGAGCAAGAUCCAGCUGGAGGCCAAACUCAAAGAGACAACGGAGCGGCUGGAGGAUGAGGAGGAAAUCAACGCUGAACUCACAGCCAAGAAGAGGAAACUGGAGGACGAAUGUUCUGAGCUGAAGAAAGACAUCGACGACUUGGAGCUCACCUUGGCCAAAGUGGAGAAGGAGAAACAUGCCACCGAAAACAAGGUGAAAAACCUGACAGAGGAGAUGGCUUCUCAAGAUGAGGCGAUCGCCAAGUUGACCAAGGAGAAGAAAGCCCUGCAAGAGGCUCACCAGCAAACACUGGACGAUCUCCAGGCCGAGGAGGACAAAGUCAACACUCUGACCAAGGCCAAGACCAAACUGGAGCAGCAAGUGGACGAUCUUGAGGGUUCACUGGAGCAAGAGAAGAAGCUCCGCAUGGACCUUGAGAGAGCCAAGAGGAAGCUUGAGGGAGAUCUGAAACUGGCCCAGGAGUCCAUAAUGGAUCUGGAGAACGACAAGCAGCAAAAUGACGAGAAACUCAAGAAGAAAGACUUUGAGAUCAGCCAGCUGAUGAGUAAGAUUGAGGAUGAACAGUCUCUGGGCGCUCAGCUUCAGAAGAAGAUCAAGGAGCUCCAGGCUCGUAUUGAGGAGCUGGAGGAAGAGAUUGAGGCUGAGCGGGCCGCCCGGGCCAAGGUAGAGAAGCAGAGGGCCGACCUGUCCAGGGAGCUCGAGGAGAUCAGCGAGAGGCUCGAGGAGGCCGGCGGAGCCACGGCCGCUCAGAUCGAGAUGAACAAGAAGCGCGAGGCCGAGUUCCAGAAGCUGCGGCGCGACCUCGAGGAGUCGACCCUGCAGCACGAGUCCACGGCGGCGGCGCUCCGCAAGAAGCAGGCGGACAGCGUGGCGGAGCUGGGCGAGCAGAUCGACAACCUGCAGCGCGUCAAGCAGAAGCUGGAGAAGGAGAAGAGCGAGUACAAGAUGGAGAUCGACGACCUGUCCAGCAACAUGGAGGCCGUCGCCAAAUCCAAGGGCAACUUGGAAAAAAUGUGCAGAACUCUUGAGGACCAACUGAGUGAACUCAAGGCCAAAAAUGAGGAGAAUGUUCGGCAGCUAAAUGACAUGAGUGCACAAAAGGCACGACUUGUGACAGAGAAUGGGGAGUUCAGUCGCCAGCUGGAGGAGAAAGAAGCUCUCGUUUCCCAGCUGACCAGGGGCAAGCAGGCGUUCACUCAGCAGAUUGAUGAGCUGAAGAGACACAUUGAGGAGGAGGUCAAGGCCAAGAACGCCCUGGCCCACGCCGUCCAGUCGGCCCGUCACGACUGCGACCUGCUGAGGGAGCAGUUUGAGGAGGAGCAGGAGGCGAAGGCCGAGCUGCAGCGCGGCAUGUCCAAGGCCAACAGCGAGGUCGCUCAGUGGAGGACCAAAUACGAGACCGAUGCUAUCCAGCGUACAGAGGAGCUGGAGGAGGCAAAGAAAAAGCUGGCCCAGCGUCUGCAGGAGGCCGAGGAAUCCAUCGAGGCUGUGAACUCAAAGUGCGCCUCUCUGGAGAAGACCAAGCAGAGGCUGCAGGGCGAGGUGGAGGACCUCAUGAUCGACGUGGAGAGAGCUAACGGUCUGGCCUCCAACCUCGAUAAGAAGCAGAGGAACUUUGACAAGGUUCUGGCAGAGUGGAAACAGAAGUAUGAGGAGGGCCAGGCGGAGCUGGAAGGAGCUCAGAAAGAGGCUCGCUCCCUCAGCACCGAGCUGUUCAAGAUGAAGAACUCCUACGAGGAGUCUCUGGAGCAGCUGGAGACCAUGAAGAGGGAGAACAAGAACCUGCAGCAGGAGAUCUCAGACCUGACAGAGCAGAUUGGUGAAACUGGAAAGAGCAUCCACGAGCUUGAGAAGGCCAAGAAAACAGUUGAGACAGAGAAGGUUGAACUUCAGACAGCCCUGGAGGAGGCAGAGGGCACGCUGGAGCACGAGGAGUCCAAGAUCCUCCGCGUUCAGCUCGAGCUCAACCAGGUCAAAGGCGAAGUGGACAGGAAGAUGGCAGAGAAGGACGAGGAGAUGGAGCAGAUCAAGAGGAACAGCCAGAGGGUGAUCGACUCGAUGCAGAGCACUCUGGACUCCGAGGUCAGGAGCAGGAACGACGCCCUGAGAGUCAAGAAGAAGAUGGAGGGAGACCUGAACGAGAUGGAGAUCCAGCUGAGCCACGCCAACAGGCAGGCCGCCGAGUCCCAGAAGCAGCUCAGGAACAUCCAGGGACAGCUCAAGGACGCUCAGCUGCACCUGGACGAUGCCGUCAGAGGACAGGACGACAUGAAGGAGCAGGUCGCCAUGGUGGAGCGCAGGAACGGCCUGAUGCUGGCGGAGAUCGAGGAGCUGAGAGCCGCUCUGGAGCAAACGGAGAGAGGCCGCAAAGUGGCCGAGCAGGAGCUGGUGGACGCCAGCGAGCGCGUGGGACUGCUGCACUCUCAGAACACCAGCCUCCUGAGCACCAAGAAGAAGCUGGAAGGGGACCUCGUCCAGGUCCAGAGCGAGGUGGACGACACCGUCCAGGAAGCAAGAAACGCAGAGGAGAAGGCCAAGAAAGCCAUCACUGAUGCUGCCAUGAUGGCCGAGGAGCUGAAGAAGGAGCAGGACACCAGCGCUCACCUGGAGAGGAUGAAGAAGAACCUGGAGGUCACGGUGAAGGACCUGCAGCACCGUCUGGACGAGGCGGAGAACCUGGCCAUGAAGGGCGGCAAGAAGCAGCUCCAGAAACUGGAGUCCAGGGUGCGCGAGCUGGAAAGUGAAGUCGAGGCUGAGCAGAGACGAGGAGCUGAUGCUGUUAAAGGCGUCCGCAAGUAUGAGAGGAGAGUGAAGGAGCUCAGCUACCAGACUGAGGAGGACAAGAAGAACGUGACCAGGCUCCAGGACCUGGUGGACAAGCUGCAGCUCAAAGUCAAGGCCUACAAGAGGCAGGCCGAGGAGGCUGAGGAACAGGCCAACACUCACCUGUCCAGGUUCAGGAAGGUGCAGCACGAGCUGGAGGAGGCUCAGGAGCGCGCCGACAUCGCAGAGUCUCAGGUCAACAAGCUGAGGGCCAAGAGCCGCGAAUCUGGGAAGUCUGACAGUGCCGAGUAG